CGCACCUCAGUAAAUCGUCUGGUCCUGUACAGCCAGCCAGUGCAAAAUACAACUGCCUCCCAUAAUCACCAGCAAAUAAUCUUUUUUAAACCACAUCAGACAAAAAUUCCAACUUACCUUUUUAUUUUUAUGGAGUUGACAGGAUAAAGUCUUGAAUUGUUUCUUUCGACAUUUGCCAAGAAACAAUCCAUUCUUUUCCAAAGCGCGCAUCAUUCUUCAAAACCCCCUCCACAAUUCAACGACGUUCACCUACUUUAGAAACCUUACGAUAUAAUUACACGCACGAUACAGUCGCAUGGUCGAUCGCAUAUGAGCCUACACGAUGUCGACUGCUACCGACCAGGUAGUCGUGCCCAGCGAAGGUGAGCAAUCUGCGAUUUCGCAGGGUCUUGCUUCGCCACCGGAAAGCAACAAUACAAUCAGAACCGAUCCAUCAAGCGACUCAGAAUUAUCCGAUGUUGACCUCUCAGCAGAUGAUGCCAUUGAACCAGAGCAUUGGGAGGAUGAUGGCAGAGUUCCUGUUUUUAUGCCAACCAUGGCUCAAUUCAAGGACUUUAAUCUCUUCGUAAGUCAAAAGUAUACCACCUGGGGACCAUGUGCUAAUGCGAUAACGCUUAGAUGGAUAAAGUUAACAAAUAUGGCAUGAAAUCUGGGAUUGUCAAGGUCAUUCCUCCACCUGAAUGGAAAGCUGCCCUUCCACCGCUCGACGAUGCUAUCAAAACGAUUAGAGUAAAGGAUCCGAUUAAGCAAGAUAUCAUGGGUCAGAGCGGAACAUACCGACAAGCUAAUAUACUCCACCAACGUUCUUACAAUCUUCCACAAUGGCGACAGUUGUGCGAUCAGAGUGAACAUCAACCCCCUGCCAAGAGAGGUGAGAGAAGAGCCAAUAUCGAAAAAGCUAAAGCUGCGACGAGGGCCAAGGCUCCUUCAACACCAGGAGCCGUCGGUGGGAAGAGGAAGCCAGGGAGACCGUCUAAACUUAAGACAAAUGCUACAGCCGAUCCAGAAAACGGGACUCCGGAUCGUUUACCAACUCCAAUAUCUCCGAAAACCGAAGGCGAUGCGUCGUCUGUCAAGCAAGAAGGAGAUGAGGAUGAUACACCUAUUAAAUCAAAGGGGGGACGGCAACCCAAAGCCAUAUCUGUUUCUUCUCGCCGUAAGAACAAUCGUCGCGAAACCGGAGUGGUGGAUGAGGCUGCCUUUGAGAACUUCAAGUAUGAGUUGGAGGGCGAAGAUUACUCGGCAGAGAGAUGUGAAGAAUUGGAACGACACUAUUGGCGUACUCUCACAUUUGCCCCACCCCUCUACGGAGCAGAUAUGAUGGGUUCACUUUUCGAUGAUAGAACGACCCAAUGGAAUCUUGGAAAGCUACCCAACAUCCUUGAUCAUUUGGGUGGUCAAAUUCCUGGUGUCAACACUGCAUAUCUUUACUUGGGUAUGUGGAAAGCUACUUUUGCCUGGCAUUUGGAGGACGUCGAUCUUUACAGUAUCAAUUAUCUUCACUUUGGUGCACCGAAGCAAUGGUACAGUAUUUCUCAAGGAGAUGCACGACGAUUUGAAGCUGCGAUGAAAAAUAUCUGGCCAGCAGAUGCAAAAGCUUGCAGCGAAUUCCUUCGUCACAAAACAUUUUUGAUAUCGCCUCAGCACUUGUUGUCGAAUUAUAAUAUCAAAGUGAAUAAGAUCGUUCACCGGCCAGGCGAGUUCGUAAUUACUUUCCCAUACGGAUAUCACUCUGGGUACAACCUCGGUUAUAAUUGCGCUGAAGCUGUUAACUUUGGCUUACCAUCAUGGAUUGAAUAUGGAAAGGUGGCCAAGAAAUGCGAUUGCGAUCAAGCUCAGGAUAGUGUUUGGAUCAACGUUCGAGAUCUAGAACGUAAGAUGAAUGGCGAAGAGACUGAAUAUGAAACCGACUUUGAUGAGGACGAGGAAGAGGAAGAAGAUGAUGAAAAUGAACCGACGGAUCUUCCGACACCGCCUGAUAGCAGUGGUGACGCAAAGGUCAAGACUAAAUCCCAACGCAAGCGUAAGCGCAUCAAGAGUGAGUCAGACGACCAACAAAAUGUGAAGAGAAUCCGCAUGCGCAUCAAAGCACCAGCUCACGAACCAUGUGUCCUCUGUCCCAACGACAUUCCUUCUGAGCCUCUACUUGCAACGGAGGAUGGCAAACAGGCACACCGCAUGUGUGCUCAGUACAUUCCGGAAACGAUCAUUGAAGAAACGGAGAAGAAGGAAGUUGUUACGGGCAUUAAGGAGAUUUCCAAAGCUCGAUUUGAUCUCAAGUGCAACUAUUGCCGUUCGAAGAAAGGUGCAUGUUUCCAAUGCUCGAAGAAGAAGUGUACAAGGGCAUAUCAUGCGACAUGUGCAGCGGCAGCAGGUGUGUUUGUUGAGCAAGGUGAGAUCCCAGUGUUUGGCGAGGAUGGCACCGAGUACAAAGAGUGGGGCAUUGAAUUCAGUUGUCGCUUCCAUCGCGUUAAGCGGGAUAAGAAGCUCGACAGCGAGUCUCUCGAGGAAGAUGUUCGUAUUCGCAAUGGUGCAAAGAGCCUAAAGGUCAACGAAGUCUGUCAAAUGCAGUUUUACAAAGGGGAUAUCUUUGCAGGUACUAUCAUUGAGAACCGGGAAGAUGAGGAGACAGUGCUCGUUGAUAUCCUGCCACGUGGGUUCGUAAACCUCUUGACCCUGUGUGAAAACUUUGCUAACUUUACCACCAGUGAUCGUGUUGAAGUCGAAUAUAAGUGGAUUCUUAUUCCCGACCAAUCAUUCUUCACUCUUGCCAAGCCAUCCGAGAAGGCAAUCCCCAUGCCGAAAUCUCGUAUUGAAGCAGCGUCACUCAAUACAACAAAGCGUCAAGUUGAUGACAUUCCAAGACCUGAGGAUGUAUUUGUCAAGGGCUUUACAUGGGCAGAAUUUAAUACAGCGAGUAUCGCGCGCAAUGCAGCACAGGUCAAAUUGGAUUUGAGCAAAGAGAACCAAGUUUGGUAUUAUCUUGGAAAGAACUCUACAGAGGCUAGAGCACAGUUUACGGAGAAUUUGAGGAUCCAAAGACACAAUCCUAAGGGUCAUUUCCUCGACACAAUUCCCAAGGCAGCUGCACCUGUGCCACGUCUAUCAUAUGCAGCUUCAUAUCCGACACCCUCGAGCAAAAGUUCUUCCAGCGCCACAAAGAUGCCGGCUAGUAAUACUUCAUAUAUUGGCCCCAAUGCACAGGCAUUACAAAACAUGGUUACUAGCAAAACUUUUACCCAACCAGCGUCAUCUUCGGCAACUCCCCCACCGUCGGUCACAAGGCUAGAGAAGCCAUAUGUGUAUAAGCCUCGUAAAUCUGGAGAUGAUUAUCAUAGUGGCUUGAUUGAUGCACAGUCAUACCAAUCUCAGCAGGCUUUCUUGCGACAAUCAGCGGCUUCCAGGCCUGCUCAAGUACCUGCAGUCGGUCUCAGAUUUGGUACUGAUCCCAGGUUUCAGAAUAACCCGGGUUCUUCUGUGGCUCCUUCUGCAGCUCCCUCUGCGACUUCUACCGCGGUCGCAGCUCCAAAAGCUAGUUGUACUCCACAAACUAGUUAUGCCCCUCCACCCGCCAAUUAUGCUCCACAAGUCAAAUAUGCUCCCCCACGCCAGCCUUAUCAAGCAGCUGCACAACGUCAAACACAAGCAAGUGCCAGUCCUCUGGCUCCACCCAAUACAAACUAUCGAGCAACUCAGUCGGCAUCCAAAGGAAAUAAUCCUUUUAGCAGCAGGGCAUCUGCUCCUAAGGUGGGAAACGUGUUUGCGAAGUAUCUCUACUUGCAGAUUGAGCACAACCGCUCACCCAUGGAAUAUAAGAGCCCUUACAGAGAAGGUGGAGGAUUCAUGAAUGGUUAUCAAGGCAACUGGACCGAGCAUCUAAAGAAGACUUUAUUUGCGAAAUCAGGUUCGAGCACAGCUCCAUCCCCACCUUCAGUUUCUUCCUACGCUGGCGGUGGUGUUGGCAACAAAUUUUCCUACUCUAGUCCAGCCUAUAGUGGUAUCACAUCCUAUAAUUCCAAAUCUACUCGCAGUCCGUAUUCCUCCAAUGGGUCGCAAUCACAUUCUUCGGCAGUAUCAUCCGAAAAGCCAAGCUAUGCUUCACCUUCCAUUUCCAGAAAACAGCAUACUCCCACACAACAGGCUCCGCCAAAGUCUUUCGAUACCAAUCAAUGGGAAAGGAAAGACCAUUCACCCUUGCACCCGGCAAUUCGAAAGGAAUACAGUUCGAUGUUUCAUAAACAUCAUGUACCACAGCCACGGGACCAUCAACAACAAACUCACCAGCAGCAGGGUGAGCAGCAAAAUCACAAAAGUCAUUAUUCUACUCAAUAUCAAAAUCCCUUACACCGUCCAAAUGGUGGCCAAGGCUCUCCUGGACACAAUGGAUACGUGUCUCAAACGUCACAAACAACGGAGUCCAACCAAACUCAGAAAUCCCAGCAAUCCCAACCCCAACCGGCACAGCAGGCUACUCAUAGUUCACUAUCACAGCCUCAACUAGCUGUAAAUGGUACUUCGACGACUCCUCUUACCCAGCCAGAUCCCAUUCAGCAACCAGUAAAUGCAUCACAUCAGUCUCAGCCUCCACCUCCAUCUCCUCAGCAAGAGGCCAAACCCCUCUAUCCACAUCAACAAUAUUUUCAGAAGCUUCCAGAUUCGCAGGUACAAGUGCAAACUUAUGCACCUCCUCCGCAAACUCAUGACUUACCAGACGUGCCUAUUGACUCGGAGUCCUUGAUUGAAAAUAUGCUGAAGAAUUUGAGGAAAGUCACGAACAGCACGGCUAAGUAGGAUGAUUGCAUUUUUGGGGCGUUCUGAAAUUUAAUUUGAAUACAUUCAAAGGUAGUACAAAUUCAUGGGAAGGGUAACGUGCAGGGAACUUUUGUGUGAAUUGAUGUGUUUAAUGAUGAUUAAUGGGGGCGUACAUAAUACCAAUACCAAUAUCAAGAUGAGAAUAAGUUAUUUGGCGUUCAAGGUUACUUGGGACAGGAUGGUUAGGUGUUGGGUUCUCGUCCGACUUUAUUGCAUGUUAUAGUUCUCAAUUCUUUCAAAUUAGUUUAUGAAUCUUUAUGAAGUUCUCAUUGGGAGU